ACGUCGCGGGGUGUGGACGUAUCGUCCUCUUGAAUUAUUGCAAAAUAUCGCCGUGCGUUCGGAAACAGUGUUACACAAUUGUGCCCAACGAUUUUUUGGCGUGAAUAAAUAAAAAGGUUUUUGUAAUAAGUUACAAUUUAACUCAGUGCUUGAAAUUAAUGAUUGGAUAAAUGCUCGGACCUCGUAUAGCUGAUUUUGUAAAGGUGGCGGGAGCGUCAUCAAUGGCCUGACAACAUGUUCAGAACGGCGUCAGUCGAGGGCUCCGGGCCGAGGACGCCGCCGGCCUACGCCCCCCACCCCCCUUACGUCCCGCCCCGCUUUUUUCCCCCUCGGAUACGACCACCACCCCCCCAAUACUGCUUCGAUGCAGCUCGCUUCGCCUGCGAUGCUUCCAAACCCCGAUACUUAGACGUAGAAAGAGAAAGACUAGUCACAAGAUGGCUGGCCGAAGCAAAUGAAGCGCUGGUGAGACGAGACCGACCUCCGAGGUAUAAGCCUCGGAGUAGUGAGCGAAGACCGGACUUCUUAGAGCGAAGACCUAACGCUCCGGAAUGGGCGGACAAUUUUUUGUUGGGUCGCCGUAACGGUUCGGUCGAGCCCGAAGACGAUUGUAGUGAAGUGAUGACCUUGAAAGAAUUCGUGGAUAAGUUCUCGUUGCCUCGUGUGGUGAAGUUCGAAGGAGAGGAUAGGCCAGUGCUAUUGUAUAGGGUGUUGGAGGCGCACAGGAGGGUCGAAGCUGUCCCUUUGUCUGGGAAAAAGGGCAAACUCGUUGGAAAGCCGCUCUACAUUCCGGAUUCUUAUGAUGGUUGGUUUUCAGCGUGUGGAUGUCGGGGUGGAGCCCUAGCAUCACCACGGGGCUCCAUCUCUGCUCUGCUGCGGGCGCGAGCCUUCGCCCUCGUGUCACCGCGCGCCAUCUCUGCGUACCGAGCGCGACCGGCAUCCGAGAGCGGGCGUGUAGGGGCGCAGUACGAGCGUGCGGCGGCGCGGCCCGGCACGCCGCUGCGCCUCGCAGGCGUGUUCGCAGACGGCAGCAAGGCUAAGGCGCCGAAAUAUGCUCAGCUCAUCGAUCCGCAGGGGAACGAGCUCUUCGUGCCUAUCAAUACUAAAGGAGAACUAUACGAGGUAUGCCCGGAGGAGCUGUCGCCAGCGGAGUGGGAGCCCGCGGUGGAAGGACGCGGGGAGGUGGCUCCCGACGUGGCUGCGCGGGCGCACCGCCUACCGCACUUGCUCAGCAUAUGGCGGCUGCCGACCAGGGUGCGCCUGUUGGCAGGGACCGUGCCGAUUGAGAUGGCACAUGAUGUUGGAGAUGACCUUCUACUGCGGGCGGCGGUAACAGAACCAGUUCUCGUGAUGUGCACCCUCCCGGAGUACGGAUCGAUGCCCUCGAGCCCGAGCAAGCAGGUGGAUCCUCGCUACCACGCCAAGGAAACUCUACAACUACUUCCUCUCAACAGCACCAUCAAAGUAAGACGUACGCAGCUCGGUUUCGAAAACGAGAAACGAAUGUUCCUCUCCGCACGCCUUCAAAAAGCUCUAACCUUCUGUCAACUUAAUGUUGACAACUGGAUCAGGCAGAUUUCUUACGCCAACUCAACCGUGGUCGGAAAAGCGAAAACGGCCGAAGACCUCAUCAAAGAAGACCACGAACCUGUUAAGUUUGAAAAGGAAAGAAAAUUCACUUUACAAGGUCUCAAGAUUGACACAUCAAGGUUAUUCGGCAAAAGCGAAAAAGUUUUGAAAGAUAUUCCGGACGAAACCGAGGGCUCUAUUAUAUUUUUAAGUAAAAACGAACUUGAGCACAUGAACUACGACGUUUAUAGCGACGACGAAGGAAAAGAUGAUAAAGCUGAUGAGAAGAUUGAACAGGAACAGUUUUCUAGUGAUAAGAUGCAAGUAUUUAGGGAAGAUUCUGGACAUAAAAAGAACAAAUGGUUUAAAAACUUAAAACUUUUAAGGAGCACGGAGAAGCUUACUGACGAAAAGAUAACAGCUAUCGAAAAUAGUGAGAAAUUACGAGAUGUCAAAGAUCCUUUUGAUCCUCUAGGUGAGAAACAUAGUUCUAUAGAACGCUACCAAGAUAUGGCUAAAUUAAUUGAAGAUAGAUUCGGCUGUACAAGGAAGAAUGAUGGUACGGCAGAAAAAAGUCAUUCAUACAAAAGCUUAACGACAUCAUCAUCAGAUAUGGGAACAAGUCAGUGCAGUUCUAAUCACAAGAAGCCAGUCUUAACAAAAUCAGUCUCUGUACAAACUGGAAUGCCGGACAAUUCAUAUACGGAAGACGAUAGCGGUAUCAACAUGAAGCACGGCCGCAAAAACCUCAGCGUCGAUCAAAUUAACUACUGCGGUUCUAUGGAAAGUGAUGCUAGCUCAGGAAGAAAGCUUAAAAGCUUGGAUGAAAACAUGCUCAAAAAAUCAUCAGCUACAAAGUCAUCAACGAAUCUCGAAAGAAGACAGAGGAUACAGCCAGAUUUGAUACCAGAAAAGGCUAUGGUCAAGUCCGAAUCUUAUAACCAGAUACAAAGCUGUGAAGAAAUCAACAUGUUUGGCGUCGGAUCUCUGUAUAACGACAGCGAUUUCGAAAUUAAUUACAAACAACACUCGUUCAUUACAGAAAAACUUUGCUCUGAGUUUCACGUUAAAACUAAAAGAGUACUAAGCAAAUCAACUUCUAAUCUUCUUCAUCCUAAGAAGUCUAGUGACAAGAAGGAAGGUAGCAACAGUAACAGUAUGCCGACUAAAACCGAACGGUCUGCUGAUAGUGAGAAAAUUGUCAACUUCAGAAAGAAAAUCGAUAAACCUAGAGCCCCAACUCCUAAGUCCGAAAUUGAGGAAGAUAUCACAGCGAUCGAUAUUUCAGAAGAGGAACCACAAACUCAAGUUAAAAUCCGUAGAUCAAUAUCAUCUAUACAAAAACGAAAGCUACCAGUCAUAGAAGAUCUACCCUACGGGCAAGUAGCAGACGCUGUUCAUGUAGAAGAAGAAAAAGUUGAGUCUGACGCGAGUUCCGAUAAUAUUUACGCAGAGAUUUGCACUCCUAAUGGCAAUAAAACUAGUGAUGAGGAAAAUUAUGACAACAACAUCGAUGUACUGGCAACAGACCCCGUCAUUUGCAACGUUAAGAAAGAAGUAAUUAUUAGAAACGAUGAGCGAGCGAGGCAGAUGAUAGAAAAUCAAGAAAAUCCAUUCAGACAUAUAGAAGUAGUCGUUAUAGAAAAAACUACAGAUUUCGAUUUGGACAACUCUAGUAUAACAUCAAGUGAUAUCGAUGAUAUGGGAAGUAAGAACGAUGUGUCUAUCAUCGAUUCUUGGGAACGAGAUAAGAAUAAGUCAGAUAAUAAAAUCCACGCGAUCAGAUUAGAAAUAACAAGUAACAUGGACGAGUAUCCAAAUCACAACGAUCACAAUAAUAUAGAGAAAACUGAAAUCUGUUUAAGUAAAGAUAAUUCUUUAAGUUUUAGCAACAGCAUACAUUUGAAUGGUACAUAUCCCAACGAAGCCAUCUAUGAUACUUUAAAAUAGUUUUAGUUCUAGUUUAGAUACACUUGCGGCCACGAAAUAGUGUCUUGUAGUCAUAUUUUUGAUGUACCAAUAAAAAUAUAACCUACAAAAUAAUGUUCCCGCUUAGAAGUCACCGGAGAUGUGAUGCCGACUUUUUAGUUUUAGCUUUUUUCAAUGUAUAAAUGCUUUAUAUUAUCAGUACUUAAGUCAUUUAGAGAGAAUUAAUUAUGUGAUUCCAACCAGUGAAGACGUGGCAUAUGUUAGGUGUAAUAUUAAUUGGACUUGUAUCACCGUGGUAAACCAAUCAGAUUAUUUUAUACUUUGGAAACUUCAGGACGUACCUAGAUAGAAUUGACAUAUUUUACCAAAUAAGAAAUGUUUGCAACAAUUGCGAUUAGACAGUAACUAGAUGCAGCCGUCGCCACAUAUUUUUGGCAAAAGUAAAAACUGACUUUUAAUUCCGUUGCUUUAGUAAUAAGAGCAGAGAAUGAUAGAAACUUAUACUCUUCUCAUUAUAAUUAUAAUUAAAGAAGAGUUUUAUAUUGUGCCUCAUCUCAAUUGAGUUAAGUUUCAAGCUGGCUUGAAACCAUCUUAAAUGUUAUGGUCACAUUUAUACAUUAAAAUUAUAACCAAAAUUAGGCGGCGUAUUUAAAUAAAAUAAUUAAAAACAGACAAAUACCUAGUCUCCUAUCAAAACAUCAUAUUGAAAACGUUGUAAAAAUUAUAUAGGUACAAGAAUAAGGGGUGAUAAAAAAACAUGUAAAAAUUAGUUUUUAAUUUAUCAUUAUUAUUAGAAAGGUGUAUACUUAUUUUGACACGAAGUGUACCAAUAAUAAUAUUUUGUAAAAAUGCACGAUCUGUAUUUGUUAUGUAUCUUUUUGUAGCACCUACUAAUUUUUCUGUGUUUAUGGUUAAUGGCAGUGUUAAGGAAUUUAGUUUUUGUGAUACGAUUUUUGAUGACAUGAAUAGUUACGUUCAGGGAGCUUACUCUUGAAUCCAAUUCCGAUCGAUCGACAUUGGUAUUGUGAAAUUUCGUACUCUCGAGUUGCAACACUAGCGCCUAUUACAUCCGCAUUGCGUGAUUAUUGAAUGAACUAAAUAGUACUGAGUUUGUCUUUAUAUUCCGUACUCUGAAUGCUACUUUAACAGCUACUAUUGUGGUUG